GCAGCACUAGCGCAAAAAAACAGCUGUUCUAAGAAAAUCGAAAAAAAGGCGGGAAAAGUUAUAAGUCAUAGAAAAGAGCCCAUAAAUUUCACCAUAAUUUCUGCAUGAUGUUCCAACGCAAAUAACAAAAGCCUUCGUUUCACACUCAAAACAAAAACAGCUGAUGCAUAACUGCAGUUCUGACCUUUGGCGAGCACAAGAGAGAAUUUGCAAAGAACGGUAAAAACGCCAUCAAAUAACUGAAAGUAGGCAUUUUUGUUCAAGUGCAAACAGCAUCGGAAAGGAAAACGAGGGGACUAAAGAGUGAAAUUGCAAAUAAAGCAGCAUUUUAGGAUACACACUAAACGGAAGUUGAGACACCGAAGUUCUGAACAUGUCUGGCAUUGCAGUCACGCGGUUGGGAGAGGAGCGAAAAGCUUGGCGCAAGGAUCAUCCCUUCGGAUUCGUCGCCCGUCCCGCCAAAAACACAGACGGCACCCUCAACCUGAUGAUCUGGGAAUGCGGCAUUCCCGGCAAGAAGUCCACCCCUUGGGAGGGCGGCCUUUACAAGCUGCGCAUGAUAUUCAAGGACGACUACCCCACCUCGCCGCCCAAGUGCAAGUUCGAGCCGCCGCUGUUCCACCCGAACGUUUAUCCCUCGGGCACUGUCUGCCUGUCGCUGCUCGACGAGGAGAAGGACUGGCGCCCGGCCAUCACCAUCAAGCAAAUCCUGCUGGGCAUUCAGGACCUGCUUAACGAGCCGAACAUCAAGGACCCGGCCCAGGCGGAGGCCUACACCAUCUACUGCCAGAACCGCCUGGAGUACGAGAAACGUGUUCGCGCACAGGCCCGCUCCAUGGCGGCCACGGAGUAAUCCGAUCCCUGCAAGAGGAUUCCUUUGUAGACAUAAGCAAACACACAUCUAGGGGGUACGCGUUUUCGUAAAUGCUCCUCACAUCUAAUUAGUUUUACUAAGUUUACUUAUGUACAUAUCUAAACGGAACUCUACUGCGCACACAAACUACAUUUUUGUAUACCGCUAAAUGCAAUUGAUAUUACUCAUUUUGUACUCCUUCAUCUAAAAUAAAACUCUAAAAGUUCUCUAAAA